AUGAGCGCUGAACACGACUUCGCCGCGGAGAACCCUCCGGUUUCUCCUCAAUCUGACGGCGGCGACUCUGCCCCUAUCACCCCAGACGAUGAAGUUUCCCCGCCCGUCACCAAAACUAUACCGGUCCUACGCCCGACCUCCGAUAAUGCGUCCGGAAUUACCCCUUCUUCCACACAUCUUGGCCAGGUCAAUGCGGCACGACACGGCGGCGGGCCAAAUCUCCGGCCGCAAGCGUCUAUAGGUAGUGCGAACCAGGACAUUCUGGCAAAGAUGAAGGCGUUUCAACUCUCAAGACAGGGGGUACCUCCUCCCGGUUUUAACCAGUCCAUCUCGACAGGAGCGAUUCCAAAGGGCUCUCAACCGAACACACCGACGCAGUCUGGGCCAUUAUCGGGUAACAGUACACCUUCACCAAUGAACGGUCCGUUAGCACCCGCUGUUCCAGGUCGGCUUCCUCCGAUUCACCGUCCAGGUCCUCCGAAGAAUUGGGCUUCUGCCCCUACUGUCGGUGGCGGUUCUCCCGUAGCCGGCUCUCCUAAGGGCGGUCUGGCGGCGAAACGCAUGAAGCCGGGACUCAAACUUUCAGAUGCCACUGGGCCGAGUGGUCCAGCAGCUGGAAGCCAGUCACCCGCCAAUGGACCGGUUGGAGGCGGAGAGUCGGCUUUUAGCAAGUAUUCAGAGUACAUUGACACGAAGUCGGGUACCCUGAAAUUCAAGAACAAGGCCGUUCUUCACGGAGGCGGCAUCGAGUUCUCGUCCGGCCAGAGUUUCAACAUCUCCUUAGAUGAAGUGGAUCGUAUGGACGAAUUGGGCAAGGGGAAUUAUGGGACCGUAUACAAGGUACGGCAUAGCCGUCCGCAUAUGCGCAAACCCGGACAAGGCUUGGGUGGGAUUGUCAGCCGGCCUCCUGGAGCCGACGAUUCAGAAACGUCAAAAGAUACUCUGUCUGGCGCGAUCAUGGCCAUGAAGGAGAUUCGGUUGGAGUUGGACGAAAGCAAGUUUGCGCAAAUCAUCAUGGAGUUGGAUAUCCUUCAUCGAUGCGUUUCCCCGUUCAUUAUUGACUUCUACGGCGCCUUUUUCCAGGAAGGUGCUGUAUACAUUUGCGUCGAAUUUAUGGAUGGCGGCUCCAUUGACAAGCUCUACGGCGACGGUAUCCCCGAGAAUAUCCUUCGCAAAGUCGCGCUCUCUACUGUCAUGGGUUUGAAGUCUCUCAAAGAUGAUCAUAAUAUCAUCCACAGAGACGUGAAACCUACAAACAUCCUGGUCAAUACACGAGGACAGGUCAAAAUCUGUGACUUUGGAGUAAGCGGAAACCUUGUUGCCAGUAUCGCAAAGACGAAUAUCGGUUGCCAAAGCUAUAUGGCACCUGAGCGCAUCGCGGGAGGUGGAGUGCAGCAGUCGGGGGCCAGCGGCGGAACCUACAGUGUCCAGAGUGACAUUUGGAGUUUGGGAUUGUCCAUCAUCGAAUGUGCUAUCGGCCGGUAUCCGUACCCGCCUGAAACAUUUAAUAACAUUUUCAGCCAGCUACAUGCCAUUGUACAUGGUGAAGCUCCUGGCCUUCCAGAAUCCGAGUAUUCUGAAGACGCACAUUCAUUUGUCAAGGCUUGUCUUGAUAAGAAUCCCCAGAAACGCCCGUCCUACAACAUGCUUCUCCGGCAUCCUUGGCUCUCUUCUCUUAUGCAACCUCCCACCGAAUCGACGAACACUGAUGUACCAUCCAUGUCUCUCGCAGAUGGGGCGUCUGGCGAAAGUACUCCGCCGGUUACUGAUGACCAAGAAGUUGCGGAUUGGGUCAAAGAAAGGCUGGAAAAGCGUCUAAAUGGGUCUGCCAAAGACGCAGAUAAGCCAGCGCUGCACGCAGUUGCACUGGACGCUGUACCUGGAAGCCCACUACUUGAUGAUCCUUCUAUCGCUGGACUUUCGCUUUCUUCGUCCAUGCCGGAAUAG